AGGAGUUGCCAUGUUUUCAUGCCAUGACACUUAUGGAGGUAAAAAAAGAAAAAGGACGAAGGCAGAGAAGACCUAGCCGCCGCUGAGCUUCGCCUUUCCCAAAUCGAAAUUGAGAACGAGGAUCUCCUAACUCGGAAGCAAUGGCCGCCGGUCAUGCCGAGCAGUGGACAAGCGUAGCACGAGGCCGCCGAUGCCGGUGAAUCCCCUCAAACGUGCUCCAGAGGCAUUCACCAUCUCAACUUCUCAAGUCCACAGAGGUAAAAUUCGUCAUCUCUUAAUCGGUGCAUCAGAUCUGCGAGUUGGGACUCAGGAUGCCGCCGUCGAGAUCUAGAAAGCGCACUUCGGCGCCGCCGGCCACGACUGCGCGCGCAAGGAGGUGCCGCCGGCCUGCGGCGGUGCCAUUGGAUGAUGUCGCUGGCGCAGUGGCGCCCCCGUUUUCUUCCCCCCUCUGGGCGUCGCUUUCAGAUGAUUUGGUUUGCGAGAUAGCCUGGAGAGUGCUCUCGGGCGAUAUUCUGGACUACGUGCGCUUCCGCGCCGUCUGCACCCGUUGGCGGUCUGGCACCGUCUGCCCGCGCGGCCGCGGCGUCGCCGAUCCGCGCUUCCACCCGCGCCGCUGGAUGAUGCUGCCGGAGGGCCAUGGCCUCUACCCCGGCCACAGCAGGCUGCGCGGCUACGUCCGCUUCUUCAACCUUGACACGGGAACUUUUGUCCGUGUCAAGCUCCCGCUGUUCAACAGCCACUGCGCUCUUGACUCGGUUGACGGCCUCCUCCUCCUCCAGAGGGACGAGGACACCGGCAUCCGCCUCGUCCACCCGUUCACCGGCGACAUCGCCGAGCUCCCACCACUCGCCACCCUGCUCGCGCAGCUAAAGAACGACCCAUCGGUCCCUCAUGGUUCUGAUCCUUACUGGUGGUGGUCCUUAAUCAGAUACUGCGUCUGUGCUACCGUGUCCUGCAGUGCCGGAGCCAUCACCGUGAUGCUUGUGUUCCAUCAUCUGCGACGUGUAGCCUUUGCUACCUCCGAGGACCGGCAAUGGGCAAUGCCAAGCUGGGAAAUCCCAGUAAACAUCGCACCCUUGUCGCUCCAAGGCAAGCUAUACUUGGUGCAAUUUCCUUGCGCUAAUGGCUCGCUGGUCUUCCAGAUGGAGGUUGGUUCGCCGCCGCUGCCGCCAAAGAUGAUUGCCACAUGCCCAGCAGAUAAGCUCUACGGCGGCUACCACCUUGUAGAAUGCAACUCGCAGAUCCUGCUUGCCGGGUAUACCGACAGCUCCAUGUCUCACAUUUUGAUCUAUAAGCUCGAGGACCUCAUCUUGGAGAGGUUUGUCCCGGUAACAAGCAUCGGAGACCGAGCCCUCUUCCUUGAAGAUCGGAGCCUGAGCGUCUCGUCCAAGGCACUGCCAACCAUCAUCGCUGAGACAGUUGUGUAUACAUGUCCACUCAACCGUUGUUUUGCGCAAUACCGUCUCACUACCGGUGCUUGGUCUCAGCCAUUCGAUGGAUAUAGCGACGGCUUCAACCCAGGUCCUUAUAGCCUCAUCCAACAUGUCAUUAGCUGCUGCAUUCGCAAUGUUUGGAACAAAGGGCUGGUAUAUUCUGAAAAGGAAACCAAAAAACCCGGAUGGCUUUGUUGGAAGGUGAAGAGAAAGCUUCGCAUUUGGGCGUGAAUGGCCUGUAUAUAUCCAGAAGCCGGUGGAUUGAUUUUCUUUGCACCAUCAGAUGGGGAGAUCAAGCUGGAUGUUUUUAUCCAUGUCCUGUUUCUUGCCAGCAUUUAGGUUCAUAUAUCUUUGGUUCAACUCUCGUGUAGUUAACGGGUGCUUUCACAUUAGUUAGAUCCUCGACCUUACUACUGAAAAUUACACCCGUUCAUUAAAGGAUGGGGUUUCUCAAGGUUUGCUUUGAGAGUUUGGACAUUUUAGAUGUGAAUCAUUUAUCCGAAGAUCGGUCAUAGAUCCUUCUGGGACUUCGGAUGUCUCUGGGAAACGGGCAUCGGGCACAAUCAACAAGACUAGGCGUAAAGCAGUUUGAUUC